CUUCCUUGGCGGUUUACGCGGAAGAUUCCGAGCCCGAGUCUGAUAGCGAGGCCGGCGGGGCCGGUAGCGAUCGAGGAGGAGGGACGGAACAUUCUUCCAGUUGCCUUCUGGUUUAUCUGCAUGGUCUUUCGCAAAUGGUAGAUGGACAACAAUUUUCUUCGUUUGGAGAGUAAUGGCUUUCUCCUUGCAACCCUGCCAGAAGAAAAAGCUGGUUUGGUGUCAGAAAGCUAUGGAGAAGAUGACCUCAGCAAAAUGGAAGGAGAAGAGGAUGGUUAUGAUGAAGAUGAUGAUGAAAACAGCAGACAGUCAGAAGAUGACGAUUCAGAGACUGAAAAACCUGAGGCUGAUGAUCUGAAGGACUUUUCAGAACUGGAAAAGAGAGAUCCCCAGGAGUUAGUUGCUUCCUUCUCUGAGCGGGUGAGGAACAUGUUACCUGAUGAGAUCAAAAUCCCCCCAGAACCACAAGGCAGAUGUUCCAACCACUUACAAGACAAAAUACAGAAGCUAUAUGAAAGGAAAAUGAAGGAAGGUAUGGACAUGAAUUUGAUAAUUCAAAGGAAAAAAGAGUUUCGAAAUCCCAGCAUCUAUGAGAAGCUGAUCCAGUUUUGUGCAAUUGAUGAACUUGGUACUAAUUAUCCAAAGGACAUGUUUGAUCCUCAUGGGUGGGCUGAAGAUUCAUAUUAUGAGGCACUAGCAAAAGCACAGAAAAUUGAAAUGGACAAGCUAGAAAAAGCCAAGAAAGAGCGAACAAAGAUUGAAUUUGUUACAGGCACUAAAAAAGGGACAACAAAUGCUCCUUCUACAACCACCACAACAGCUAGCACUGCGGGUGGAGAUGCACAGAAGAGGAAAAGCAAAUGGGAUUCUGCCAUUCCUGUGACAACAAUAGCUCAGCCCACCAUUCUCACAACCACUGCAACAUUACCGGCUGUUGUAACUGUAACCACCAGUGCAAGUGGCUCCAAAACAACAGUAAUUUCAGCUGUUGGCACCAUAGUGAAAAAGGCAAAACAGUGACAGGCACAGUAAAGAAACUGAUUGAGUGACUGAAGCUUUUUUUUUUCAAAUUUGACACCAAAAUCACUGUCUUUGAAAUACAGAGGGACAUUUUUUUCCUGAUGUGGAAAUGAAAGACUGUUUGGAAAAAGACAAGUGGACCGUCCUAUGUAUAAUGGAAUUUUUCUGUGGGAAAAAACUCCUAAGCUUUGCUAUGACUGCUUCCUAAAGUACUGUGUGCAAUGCAGUGUCGCCGUGUCAAUGUUAUGCUUCAUUGAAAACUGUAUUACAAUUGUCACUGCCUUAGGAUCUUCAUGCAGUGUGAAGCUCUUUAAGAAGCUUUUAGAAGAAAAACUGUACUGAGUUGGACCAUUUAGUAACUUUUUUUUUUCUGUUUGCCUCCAAGAAUUAUAGGCAAGAUUCGAUACUCCCGUCAAAAGUUUAAGAAGAAUAAGAGUAUGUGACAAUUCAGUUUCAUGGAGGUCAUCAUAUGGACUAAGAUGAGUUAUUCCAAUGCAAUCCAUUAGAUUAAAUGUCAUAAAUCAGGAACUGGAACAUUUUGAAAAUUGAGACUUCAUAUUAGUAGCCCUUCCUGUCUUUGGGGGAUCUUUGUGCAGAUCCGAACGCAACUGAUAGGAAGGUUUAUG